AUGCGACUUCGACUGCCAUCAAAAUCGGAGUUUACUCCUCCGUUUAGGAUAGGUAUUCGAGCCCAACUGACGGCAUUAGUUAGUAUAGUGGCUCUAGUAUCGCUAAUUAUUCUGGCUGUAACGACUGGUGUUUAUUUUACCUCAAACUAUAAAAACUUGAGGUCUGACAGACUUUAUAUUGCGGCACAAUUAAAGUCAUCACAAAUUGAUCAAACUUUAAACUAUCUAUACUACCAAGCCUAUUAUUUAGCAUCAAGGGACGCCCUACAAAGCUCACUGACGAGCUUUGUUGCAGGUAACAAGAGUGCAGAUAAUUGGGUAGACUCCCUAAGUGUUGUUCAAAAAUUUCUGAGUUCUUCAAACUUAUUUUAUGUUGCAAAAGUUUAUGAUUCCUCAUUUACUACUGUUUUGAACGCCACAAAUAACGGAACUGGUGAUUUGAUUCCGGAGGAUGUUCUAGAUAGUUUGUUUCCACUAUCUACUGAUACACCGCUACCUUCUUCGCUGGAAACUACAGGUAUAUUGACAGAUCCAGUAGUGAAUAACACCGAUUAUCUGAUGUCUAUGUCUUUACCCAUUUUUGCAAACCCUUCUAUUAUCUUGACAGAUUCAAGAGUUUAUGGAUAUAUCACUAUAAUAAUGUCGGCCGAGGGUCUGAAGAGCGUGUUUAAUGAUACAACUGCUUUAGAAAAAUCCAAUGUUGCCAUUAUUUCUGCACUGUAUAAUAACCAGGGUAAAGCUUCAGGGUAUCAUUUUAUCUUCCCACCGUAUGGAACGGCUUCAACACUAACACAAUCAGUCUUUUCCAUAAAGAAUAAUACAUUUAUAAGCAGUGCGUUUAGAAAUGGAAAGGGAGGUUCUUUGAAACAAACCAAUAGCUUUGGUAUAAAGAAUUUGGCUUUAGGUUACUCUCCAUGUUCGUUUCAAUUAGUUAAUUGGGUUGCGGUAGUUUCACAGCCUGAAUCAGUUUUCCUUUCUCCGGCGACAAAACUAGCAAAAAUAAUCACAGGUACUGUCAUUGCUAUUGGUGUCUUCGUUAUUUUACUAACCCUCCCUUUGGCGCAUUGGGCAGUUCAACCAAUUGUGCGGUUACAGAAGGCAACCGAGUUAAUCACAGAGGGAAGAGGCCUGAGACCUAGUACUCCAAGAACAGUAAGCAGGGCCAGUUCAUUUAAACGAGGAUUUGGUUCUGGGUUUACUGUUCCUUCCUCAUUAUUACAAUUCAACACUGGGGAAAGCGGCAGCACCAUAAGUGCAAGUGGCCAUGGAGGUAGCGGACAUGGUAGUGGUGCCGCCUUUUCUACCGAAAGCAGCAUGAAAAGUGCUAUAAAUCUUGGAAAUGAAAAAUUGUUACCUUCAGAAGAUGAAAAAAAGAUACCGAAUAACAAUACUGAUGCAAAAGUAUCAAUGGAUGGCUCCCUCAACCACGACUUACUUGCACCAAAUUCUUUACGGAAUAAUGAUACCGACAGGAGCUCUAAUAGAUCCCAUAUUCUUACAACUUCUGCAAAUUUAACCGAAGCUAGAUUGCCAGAUUACAGAAGACUAUUUUCUGAUGAGCUUUCCGAUUUAACUGAAACCUUUAAUACAAUGACAGAUGCGUUAGACCAACAUUAUGCUCUUUUAGAAGAUAGAGUUAGAGCAAGAACGAAACAACUCGAAGCUGCUAAGAUUGAGGCAGAGGCUGCUAAUGAAGCCAAAACAGUUUUUAUUGCUAACAUUUCACACGAAUUGAGAACACCCUUGAAUGGUAUUCUAGGUAUGACGGCUAUUUCAAUGGAAGAAACCGAUGUGAAUAAAAUAAGAAAUAGUUUAAAACUUAUCUUUAGAUCCGGUGAGCUUUUGCUUCAUAUUCUAACAGAGUUAUUAACUUUUUCUAAAAAUGUCCUUCAAAGAACGAAACUUGAGAAAAGAGAUUUUUGUAUUACCGACGUCGCUUUACAAAUAAAAUCAAUCUUCGGUAAAGUUGCCAAGGACCAGCGUGUUCGUCUGUCAAUAUCAUUAUUUCCUAAUUUGAUAAGGACCAUGGUUCUUUGGGGUGAUUCUAACAGAAUUAUCCAAAUCGUUAUGAAUCUAGUGUCCAAUGCGCUAAAAUUUACCCCUGUAGAUGGUACUGUCGACGUCAGAAUGAAAUUGUUAGGUGAGUACGACAAAGAUUUAAGCGAAAAGAAACAAUUCAAAGAAGUCCAUGUGAAAAGGGGUACUGAAAUAACCGAAUAUUCAGAAGAGACUAAUAAAUGUGACAUUCCAAUUUCAUCAAACCAUAGAAAACAUGUUGAUUUAGAAUCUACCACGACUUCCAUAACAAGUAAUAGAGAUACUUCGAUAAUUCAAGAAGAGAUAACUAAAAGAAAUACUGCUGCUAAUGAGAACAUUUAUAAGAGAAUGAAUGACGCAGAAAAACUAUCCAGUGACGAUGUUUCUUCGAUAGUAUCAACAACCACUAGUUCAUACGAUGAUGCCAUCUUCAAUAGUCAGUUCAAUAAAGCACCUGGUUCUGAUGAAGAUGAAGGUGGUAAUUUGGGAAAACCCAUAGAAAAUCCCAAAACAUGGGUAAUUUCUAUUGAGGUAGAAGAUACCGGCCCAGGUAUUGACCCCUCUUUACAAGAAUCCGUAUUUCAUCCAUUUGUUCAAGGUGAUCAAACAUUGUCCAGACAAUAUGGCGGUACUGGAUUAGGGUUAUCAAUUUGUAGACAAUUAGCAAACAUGAUGAACGGUACAAUGAGAUUAGAGUCUAAAGUUGGCGUUGGUAGUAAGUUCACAUUCACACUGCCAUUGCCCCAAACUAAAGAAAUAAGUUUUGCCAAUAUGGAUUUUCCUUUUGAAGAUGAAUUCAAUCCUGAGAGCAGAAAAAACAGAAGAGUUAAAUUCAAUGUUGCCAAAAGUAUCAAGAGCCGACAAUCCACAUCAUCCAUCGCAACACCUGCUACUAACAGAAGCAGUUUAAUUAACGAUGUGCUACCAGAAAUAGGAAGCAAAAACGAGAACCAGAUAAAAAGGUUUGAAAACUCCAACAUGAAAAGAGAAGGAGUAAAUGGAAUUGGCAGAAUUGAGCAAAAAUUACAAGAAAAAAAUGUAAAACCCUUUAUUUGCUUUUCAAGUGCUGAAAGUAGUGAAAAAAAGACUGUGCCUCCCAAGCAUCGCUCUCGUGAGGAAAGUCUAGGUUCUGUGAAUCUUGACAGACCAUUCCUACAAAGUACUGGCACAGCUACAUCCAGUAGAAAUGUACCCACAAUUCAAGACAAUGAUAAAAAUGAUACAAGUAUCAAAAUUUUGGUUGUAGAAGAUAAUCACGUGAAUCAAGAAGUCAUAAAAAGGAUGCUAAAUCUUGAAGGCAUUGAAAAUAUUGAACUGGCUUGCGAUGGCCAAGAAGCAUUCGACAAAGUUAAAGAACUAACGUCAAAGGGCGGAAAUUACAAUAUGAUUUUCAUGGAUGUUCAGAUGCCUAAAGUGGAUGGAUUACUUUCUACCAAGAUGAUAAGGCGUGAUUUAGGGUAUAAAUCACCUAUCGUUGCUUUAACAGCAUUUGCCGACGAUAGCAACAUUAAAGAAUGCCUAGAAUCAGGCAUGAAUGGAUUUUUGUCGAAACCAAUUAAAAGGCCAAAAUUAAAAACUAUCCUAACGGAGUUUUGUGCAGCAUACCAGGGAAAGAAAAUAACAAGUGAAGAACCCAAAAAAGCCAAAACAGAAUAA